CUCCAAAUCUUUGCAGUUUGUUUGGUCCAAAAGGCAAGGUCCUUAGUGAGGAUGGAGCCACUCUGCUUGGUAGAGCUUCAUGGCUCCGAUUGGGCGGGAAGGAACAGAGGCGGCAGGCGGUGCAGACAGUUCAGGGCAGAGGCAGCAGCUUGGAGCAGGCUUCUCCCUCAAGUGCAGUUCCCUGGAGAGGCCCCUGCGUAGAAAUGGCUGCUACGCUUUGUGUGUGUGUGUUGUUUUGAGCCCAGUUAGCCACCAGAAGCCCUUCCUAGUAGGUCUCUUCGUUCUCAACGUUCACAUUUAAAUUACAAAACCUUCUUCAGCCAACCCCGCCCGCACUGGGGCUCCUGGUGGGGUGUCCAAGUGGUCGGUGGGCACUUAGGCCAUCUUUUGGCGCAUCUCGCCAGCAACGCCAACACCCGCCCAGCUGUUAAGGAGGAGGACGAGGUGCGGGCCUCCCUCUAGGAGCUCACCUGGGUGCAGCAGCCCCGGGUCCGGCGGCCGCGGAGACGCCUGCCGAACCGGGAGAUCGACGCCGGGCCGCCUCCCGCGGGGGUUACGGCCAUUCCGCGCGCGCCCCGCCCUCGCGCCCCGGCGCCCUUGCAGGCGGGGCAGUUGCGAGCCCAGCGGUUUCCAGACCCGCCUGGCGGAGGGUCUGGGCCGUGCAGGUUCCGAGUCCUGCGGGGCGGCUCGGCCCGUCCCGAAGCCCGGCGUCCUCUCCCGUGGUGCCUCGAAAGGGCCUGAGCUGUGUUCCCCGCCUUCCUGCCGGAGUAGAAGCGCGACCUGGUCCCCAACGGAAUCCCGAGCGGACUGCGCCCGUGGCUCCCUGGGCCCUUUGACAUGACCUUCUCGUCCCGUUGAUCCCGCGGGCCCGUCGACAUGAACCCCUGCGGCGUGAACCCGGUGGCCGUGAACCCCGUGGUGGUGGUCCACGGGGGCGGCGCCAGCCACAUCGCCAAGGACCGCAAGGAGAUGAUGCGCCAGGGCGUGCUGCGCGCCGCCACCGCGGGGUACAGCGUCCUGAAGGCGGGGGGCAGCGCGGUGGACGCGGUGGAAAGCGCGGUGGCCGUCCUGGAGGACGACCCCGAGUUCAACGCAGGCUGUGGAUCCGUCUUGAACGUAAAUGGGGAGGUGGAAAUGGACGCCAGUAUCAUGAGUGGAAAAGACCUGUCUUCGGGCGCCGUGUCUGCCGUGCGCUGUAUCGCGAACCCCAUCAAGCUGGCACGGCUCGUGAUGGAGAAGACGCCUCACUGCUUCCUGACUGACCGGGGGGCCGCCGAGUUCGCAGCCGCCAUGGGGGUCCAAGAGGUUCCCAGGGAGCAGCUGGUAACAGAGAGAAACAGAAAACGCCUCGAGAAGGAGAAGCACUGCAAAAGCGCUCCGAAGCCAGAGCCGCAAAAACACUUGGGAACGGUGGGCGCUGUUGCCUUGGACUCCAAAGGAGACGUCGCCUAUGCCACCUCGACGGGGGGCAUCGUGAAUAAGAUGGUCGGCCGAGUCGGGGACUCGCCCUGCAUAGGAUCCGGGGGCUACGCCGACAAUGACAUUGGAGCCAUUUCAACCACGGGGCACGGGGAGAGCAUCCUGAAGGUGAACCUGGCCAGGCUCACGCUCUUCCACGUGGAGCAAGGAAAGACGUUAGAGGAGGCUGCUGAGGUGUCGCUGGGUUACAUGAAGUCGAAGCUCAAAGGACUAGGGGGUGUCAUCUUGGUCAACAAAGCAGGAGACUGGGCGGCCAAGUGGACCUCGGAGUCCAUGCCCUGGGCGGCCGCCCAGGCCGGCAAGCUGCACUGCGGCAUUGACCUCAACACGACCAGCGUCACUGACCUCGACCUGCUCUGAGCCCACUCCCGCCACCCCCGCCCCGCCCACCCGCCCCCCAAGACUGUAUCCAGGUGCCAGCCUGCAGGUAAAGUACAGUUUCCUGGCGAGGAGACGUAGCCUGAGCAAUUAGAGCUAGAGAUGGAAAACUCUA